AUGGAUUCGGUUGAGAGUACAACGGUUGCCAGGCACGAUGAUCGAAAUGAGCAGCAGGAGAGUGGUGAGGGUGUUGGGUAUGGUUCAAAUCGGAUUGAAAGUGAUGCCCAGCAUGUGCAUACGCAAUCAUGCUGGCUGGACCUGAAUCCGAAUAGGAUGUGGCCGGGUACGAAAUGCCAGAAGAUGAUGGAUAUGAAGAUGGUGGGUACGAUGAUGGGUAGAGAGGUGGGUACGACGGAGGUGGGUACAAGCCGGGUGGAAAUAGAUGUUGAGCGUGAGCGUUAUGACCAUGGUGAUGAACGCCAGAAAGAGGGAAGGACGGAGGUGGGUGAAAAGAAGGUGGUGGAUGAUGACCACGAGAAUAUCCAGGAUAUUCACUGGGUGGAACAUAUCCGCUCGGAGGAACUGGAGCGGGGACUGGAUGAUCCUGAUUCGAUUGAAUUGAGUCAGGGUUGGGGAUGCGAUUUACGUGUACAGUGGGAUUUGAUGUAG